ACGCAGACAUCCUCUCUGAGGUAUUAGGAGCGUAAUCGUCUGAUCCCGUAAGUCUCCAGCUGUAGUGGCUUUGCUCGGCUCUGCUCAGACACCAGAGGAUGAAGACUUGUCUGAUGAAAGCAUGCAGGCUGCUCUGCGUCACGUUGACUCUACCGUUGUACCUGCUGGAAAUCACGGGCCUGUGCGGUUUGUACAAGCGCGUGUUUCCCCUGCUUGCGUACAACAUCACGUUUUCCUACAACGCUAAAAUGCACAAAACGAAGAGGGAGCUUUUCCGAAACGUGGCCACAUUUGCCAACGACGACGGCGCUCUUCGCCUGCUGGAGAUCGGCUGCGGCAGCGGGGCCAACUUCCGGUUCUACCCGGACGGCUGCACGGUGACCUGCGCCGACCCCAACCCUCAUUUCCAGAAGUACCUGCGGAUGAGCAUGGACGCGAACGCGCAUUUGACGUACGGCGCGUUCGUCGUGGCCUCCGGGGAGGACAUGGAGGCGGUGAAGGACGAGUCGGUGGACGUCGUGGUGUGCACCUUGGUUCUCUGCUCGGUGACCGACGUGCAGCGCGUGCUGCAGGAAGUCCGGCGCGUCCUCAGAACGGGUGGAGCCUUCUUCUUUUUGGAGCAUGUUGUCUCAGAUUCCUCUUCCGGUACAUACUUCUUACAGCAUGUGUUUGAGCCUGUGUGGUACUAUCUUGGAGAUGGCUGCAUGGUUACCAGAGCAACGUGGAAAGAUCUAGAGGCUGCUGGUUUUUCUGAACUUCACCUAAAACAUGUUGAGGCUCCAAGGGUUUCUAGGAUGAUAAGAGCACAUAUCAUGGGGUAUUCCAUUAAAUGACUGCAGGAAAGACGUUAUUGUGCCUCUCAUGGGAUUCAGGAAGUUUAGACAGGGCAUUUGUCACCAUGAGAAUAUGUUUUGCUGCUCACCCGUAGCAAUCGGAUUAUUAGUUCUCUCUCUAGAUCCCAUCAUGUAACAACACUUUCAUUGGUUCAAUAUUAACAAUGUGUUCAAAUUCAAACGUCUUAAUGUCUCAUGUCAACUAAAUAUGUACAUUUUCAUUUCCACUGAACAAAGUUACGCAAGCCACUGCAUUUGAGUGAAAAUAUAUUUAUGUAUUUACACAAUCAGCAACAUUUCAUACAGUUUGUUCAUCUUUCCCAGCCUUCCCAAGAUGUACAUUAAUAAAUAUUACCUGGACACUGCUUUUUCCCUGAUUGUCUAAGUAACCUCUAAAAAAACAACAAACCGCCCUCAAAGUCAUUAUUUGUUACCCUUUAUAUUCCAUUGCACGAAAAGAAGGAAUGACGAUUGUAACAUCUCCUUAUAGAGAAUGAGGGGAAUUGCUGGUCCACAAUAUAAAAACAGGAAUUACAUUUGUGUGGGAUUCAUACAGUCAACAUUCUGCUGAUGCUGGUAGAGGAUAAAAAAAAAA